GCGCGCGGCGGGCAGAAACGAGUAAAGGCGGACAUCGCCUGAGCGCCUCCAUCACUCAGCUCACUGCGUCGUACGAAUUAACGGUCGACGGCUGGCUGUGACGGAAACAACACAGAAGUAUCUUUUUUUUCCUUUUUAAAAAAAAUCAAUUUGCAGUUUUUUUUAUUUACGGCACAAACAUGACACGUCUGAAGAUACUCCAUGCCAGCGGGAUGCUGCUGAUACUUGUGACACAAUGUGUCGCCAUCGUAAGAGUGCCCCUCCACAAGACCAGGAGCCUGCGCCGCCUGAUGAGCGACAACGGGAUGUCUCUGGAGGAGCUGCACGCUUUGGCGAAGAGCACCGGGGCGUCGGACGACUCCCCCUCGCCGAACCUGCCCGUGGAGAGGCUGACCAACUUCAUGGAUGCUCAGUACUACGGGGUGAUCAGCAUCGGCACCCCUCCACAGGACUUCUCUGUGCUGUUUGACACCGGCUCCUCCAACCUGUGGGUCCCCUCCAUUCACUGCACCUUCUUUGAUUUGGCCUGCUGGCUUCAUCAUCGCUACAACUCGAAGAAGUCAAGCACAUAUGUGAAGAAUGGCACAGAGUUCUCCAUCCAGUACGGCAGAGGCAGUCUGUCAGGCUUCAUCAGCGAGGACACUGUCUCUCUUGCAGGCCUGUCUGUUGCUGGUCAACAGUUUGCUGAAGCAGUGAAGCAGCCUGGCAUCACAUUUGCUGUUGCCCGGUUCGAUGGGGUCUUGGGCAUGGCCUACCCUGCCAUAUCGGUAGAUCAUGUCACCCCGGUGUUUGACACAGCAAUGGCUGCCAAGCUGCUUCCCCAGAACGUCUUCUCCUUCUACAUAAGCAGAGACCCAACGGCAGCAGUCGGAGGAGAGCUAAUGCUGGGUGGGGCAGAUCCACAGUACUAUAGCGGAGACCUGCACUAUGUUAAUGUCACACGCAAAGCCUACUGGCAGAUUGAGAUGACUGGAGUUGAAGUUGGCAAUCAGCUGACUAUUUGCAAAGCCGGUUGCCAGGCCAUUGUUGACACAGGAACAUCCCUAAUUGUGGGUCCCCGUGAGGAAAUCAGAGCGCUGCAGAAAGCCAUUGGAGCUCUUCCCUUUCUAAUGGGAGAGUACUUCAUUGACUGUAAAAGGAUUCCAUCUCUGCCCGUCGUCUCCUUCAACAUCGGAGGGAAGAUGUUCAACUUGACUGGAGACGAUUACAUCAUGAAGGAGUCCCAGAUGGGUUCAUCGAUCUGUCUGUCAGGAUUCAUGGCCAUGGAUAUCCCGCCUCCUGCUGGGCCCCUGUGGAUUCUGGGAGAUGUAUUUAUUGGGAAGUACUACACUGUGUUCGACAGGAGCGCUGAUCGUGUGGGGUUCGCCCCUGCCAAGUAGUUACAUAGCACUGUAUGAAAAGGAGAUCACACAGGCAGAAAGUAUGUAAUGUUUUUCCUGCAAUAACAAGAGCACACUGAGAACAAAGACCCCUGCAAAGGCUCAGCAAUCCCCCACCUAUCUGCUGUUUUACCUAGUAUUUCUAGAGCCGGAUCUCUCCCAACAUGUAAUCACCUCGCUGUUGCCAUGCUCAAGACCCAUCUUUGAUUAAAAGAAAAUAAUGUGUAUCAUCCAUAACUUUGAGUAAUCCAAACAAACAAGACCAGUCGCACGACUUCAUUGGCAGAGGUAAUCUCCACAUAGUUGGCGUACAGACGUGUUCUGCAAAUGAACAAAUAGACCGCUUCAGUGUCUUGCUCUUGCCUGUGAAGCUGCUUUUGGAUUUUUGAGCUUUAACAUUGCGUAUUUUUGGUAUGGUAGGGUUCAAUCAGAACAAUGGAUUUUGAGAAAAACAUUUUUGGGGUGUAUAAUUAUUGUACCUCAAUGCUUUAAAAGGUACAAAUGCUCCAAACUUUUGAAUGUUAAUUUCUAGAAAAACUGAAGUUUCCAUUUUUCAAAUUUUAUAACUAGAUUUCUAAACAUAACUGGAGCUGAUUUGUACACUGAACAUAUCUCAGGAUGUUUCUUUUAACAAGCCAAUGUGAAUUUUAUUGUCAAAUAUCACUGAAUAAAAGUUAAUAAUCAAAGAUGA